CUCUCACCAUCUCUCUCUCUCUCUCUCUCUCCACAAACUCCCUCCUCUCUCUCCUCCAAAUCUUUCCCGUUAUACCCCGCUCGCUCCGUGCCCUACUGCGAGCGCACACAUACACGCCCGCUCCUCCCUUCACUCGUCUCAAAUCGGAAAUGCUGGUGUAAUUGUUAUGGUUUGAUCGCUUGAGCUAUUUUUCUGAGGGCUUCUACUUGUGUGCAUUGGAUGAUUGGGAACUUAUUUUAGAGAAUAUUGACUUUGAGUUAAGCAAUGGCGCCGAAUCCAAAAGUUGUGAGUGCAUUUCGUGCUAUGAGGGUUCUUGGUAUCAGUGAAGAAAAAGUGAAACCAGUUUUGAAGAAUCUUCUGAAGCUGUACGACAAAAAUUGGGAACUUAUUGAAGAAGAAAAUUACAGAGCUCUUGCAGAUGCUAUAUUUGACCAAGAGGAAACUCAGGCGGUGGAGCAAAAGAAUGAACGUGAAAAUGCUGCUCAAGCAGAAAUGGAGGAAGAAGCUGAACCACAGGAGGAGCCUGAGCGUCCCUUAAAAAGGUUGCGCUUACGGUACCAAGAAGGUCAUGCUUCACCUUCUUUUGGUAACUGUAGCCCUAGAUCGGGUGGAAAUUCCUUAAAACAGCCAAAACCUGAGGAAGAUGGACUACCUCAAACUUCUCCUCCACAACAGUCACAUGACAUUGCAGAGUCGUUUCAGCCUAAUGUGGCAAAUAUAGGGGCUGGAUCCCCUCCCUUGUCUCCCCUGCCACUUGUUAGAAACAAAGGGAAGCAACCUGUCUUGUCUAAGCCAUUGUCAAUACCGGAAAGAUCUGAACCAUCUCAGCCAGGUGCUGCCAGCAGAACUCAACUCAAAGAAAAAGGAAAGGAAGCCCUCUCAAUUCAAACAGGUCCAAGAGAUAAGAAAUCAUUUUCUGAAAGGUCACCUCAUGCAGUGAAGCCUGGCAUUGUUCUUUCACCCAAACAGCUGGCGCCUAGUUCUAUUACUUUGAUCGAGCCUAAAGAUGAGCCAGUCACUGAUGACCUGCCGCAGUUCGCGGUUCCUCUAACAGUGAUCACUCCAGAGCCAUCAGGUAGAGAAAACUCUUCUGGUGGAAAUGGCUCUAUCAGAGGGGCUGAUGGUCCUGGACUCGUCUCAUCUCAGCACGCAAAUGGAAACAUUCGAAGUGAUGGUGUUCCACCUUCAUCAAUUGAAAGGAGAAUCACUCGCCAGCUUGCAAAGGCUUCUUGCUACUCAGAGAUUGCUUCCACUCCAUCUCGAGAGGAAACCAUAGACGUAACUCCAGCUGGUGUUUUGUCAAAAGAAUCUAAAGCACUGGAUAUGGGAACAAGAGGCAAGCAAUUUGGUCCUUCUAACGGAUCAAUCAGUAUCAACUGUGCACCUGAAGAAGCUUGUUCUGGAGUUCCAAUACUUCCACCAUCAUCCAAUGGGAUGGAUGACUGCACAAAAAAAGAUAAGAAUUACACUGGGAACACCUGUGAAAUUGAUAUGGAAAAUGAACAGAAUGGGCUUGACCAUGAAAAUUCUCAUAGUCUGGGGGUGGUUCAGCGGCGAAAAAUGUCUCUUCGAGAUGUUAAUGAUAUAGCAAAAGGACAAGAAAACGUUGUAAUACCAUUGGUAAAUGAUGUUAACAAGGAGUAUCCACCGUCUUUCCAGUAUAUACCACAAAAUGUGCUUUUUCAGAACGGAUAUGUAAAUUUCUCUCUCGCUCGGAUUGGAGAAAAUUGUUGUUCAAAUUGUUUUGGGAAUUGUUUAUCACCACCAACACCCUGCGCUUGUGCAAAUGAAACUGGUGGUGAUUUUGCGUACACCUUAGAGGGCUUGGUCAAAGAGGACUUUUUGGAAGAGUGUAUUUCGAUGAAUCGCGAUCCUCAAAAGCACUGCAUGUUUUAUUGUAAGGAAUGCCCGCUGGAAAGAUCCAAAAAUGAUGAUCUUCCAGAACCUUGCAAGGGUCACUUAGUUAGGAAGUUCAUAAAAGAAUGCUGGUGGAAAUGUGGCUGCAGUAAACUGUGUGGUAAUCGGGUGGUACAACGCGGCAUAAACCGCAAGUUGCAGGUGUUUAUGACUCCUGGAGGAAAAGGAUGGGGUCUCCGUACCCUAGAGGAGCUCCCAAAAGGUGCCUUUGUUUGUGAAUACGUUGGGGAAAUUUUAACCAAUGCUGAACUCUAUGAGAGAGUCUCACAAAGCAAAAAUGAGGAGCAUGCAUACCCUGUGCUGCUUGAUGCUGACUGGGGUUCAGAAGUAGUUUUAAAGGAUGAAGAAGCUCUCUGUUUGGAUGCAACAAAUUAUGGGAAUGUUGCAAGGUUUAUCAAUCACAGAUGUUUUGAUUCAACCUUGGUUGAGAUACCCGUGGAGGUGGAGACCCCUGACCAUCACUAUUAUCAUCUCGCCUUCUUCACAACCAGAAAAGUGGAUGCUAUGGAGGAACUUACAUGGGAUUAUGGUAUUGAUUUCGAUGAUCACGAUCACCCGGUCAAGGCUUUUAAGUGCCGUUGUGGCAGCAAGUAUUGCCGAAACAUCAAACGUGCGAGUAGAUCUAGAUCCACAGGGAAUCGAAGAUGAACAUGUGAGGUUCAUGGAGCCUUUCACAAGAAUUGGUUUGGUGCAAUAACUCGACUCCCCUCCCAAGGCUGUAACCUAUCAGUUGACUGGGUUUCAAGGUUAUUUUCAAAGCUUUGAGAAGUCAUUUUUUAGGAUGUGUACGGUUCUAUGUGGCUGCAUGAGGCCCAAAUGGCCCCAGUCUCUUGGGGUCAAAUUGUAUAAGCAGGCAUUCAGCAUUGUAUCAAUUCUGCACUUCUCAUAAGCUUUUCUGCCUCCAUGACCGUUGUGUAUUGUGUUGUACCAUAGGGUAACUCUGCCGAAACUAUGGGUUCCUUGUGUUCAUUUCUGGGCUUAAGUCCACCCGCUUUUAAGCAAAGCUGGAAACUUUGGAAUGUCACCACCUUAUUCGGCCUUUUCGGUUCGUUAUCAAUGACAAUGCUUCAUUAAUUGAAAUAAUUUGUUCUUA